AUGGAGUCGCGGCUCUGCCCCGGGGCCCAGUGCGCGUGGAACUUCGUGUGCGCCAUCCCAGAGUGGAGUCUCUGUUUCCUGCAGUCCUGUGAGGCUCCUGCACGCAAGCCCUGCUGGCCUUCAGAACGCUGGGGGCUCCUCCCCCCAGUGACAGACCCCGAAGGCUUGGAGCCUGCCGUGGGGCUCGGAACCCCCACUCCUGUGGGAGAGCAUCUGUGA